CAAAGUGACAUGAAACAACUUGGGAGGAAAGAGUGUGAAAAUCUGCGAGAUAAACCACCGAGACGGCUUCUUCUCGCACAUUGCCGUGCGUCAAACCAAUAGUCCGUACGCGUUCCGGCGGAGAUCCGUUGUUUCGAUCGGCUACAGGGUAGAAAUUCCCAGUCAACCUGCUAAAUCGCCCCUUAGCCCAACAGCGUUAGCCAACUGCAGUAGGUUAGCGCCGUUAGCAGCUAAGGUAGCGUUAGCGCUUUUGUUUCCUUAACGAGGCGACGGAUCCCCCCCCCCCCUCCACUUAUUACAGAAUAAGCUGCCUUUUUUUGUUUUGCUUUUCUUUUUUUUGCCGGACUAUCUAAACCAGCUGUCGUCAAGCUUUUUAUGCUCGAGCACGGGUGGGGUCUAGCCUACCUUGCGAAGUGCGGGCGGCCCGGGGAACUAAAUAACAAACAGUCGAUCGGUCGGGAACGACUACGGCUAAGUGUUGCGGACUACAGGACCAUUUAUGCAAAGCAAGCAACGCAAGCAUGGAUCCGAAACGUGCACACGGCAAAGCCCAUCAAAGCGGCAGCGACUCCAGUAGCGAUAGCCCCAAGUCGCCUGCCAGUCCGGCACCCGGGGCGAGCAAAGUGGCGGGGGGCAACGCGUUCGCCAACGACGGGAGCUUCAUGGAAAUGUUCAAGAAGAAAAUGGAAGAGGAGAGCAGGAAAAAGGAAAAGCGAGCGAGUGGGGAUGCAGGAACCACAGAGCAAGGACAGUCCGCAGUGGAAAGGAAGCUCCCUCCCGUGACAAGCUUUGUGGGGAAGCGCAGAGGUGGCGUGUUCCUUAAGACCGGCAUGGUUGCAAAGAAACAGAAAAAGGAGUCAGAACAGACUGAGCCGGGCAAGAGUGAUGCUUGGUCGAAAUACAUGGCUGAGGUGAAAAAGUACAAAGCCCACCAGUGUGGCGACGACGACAAAACGAGGCCUCUAGUCAAGUAGCUGCUCUGGGGCGUCGUUUCAGCGGCGGUGCCGGGAAGCUGAACCCAACUGGAGAUGCUCUUGAAAGGCCCCGGCCAGUUUGAAAUCUCACAAGCUUAUAUUUGGCCAGAUGUUUUUGUAUUGUUUGUAAGGAUUUUUGGUUGUGUGCUAUUUGGAACUUUUGUGAUUGGAUAUGGUGUCAUAAAGGCUUUUUAGGAAAGUACUAGCAUAUAUUACUCAUCCUUGGUUUAAUAUUUUCGUAGCUGUAGCUGAUUUGAGGUUUUUUUUUUAUAUGGCCAAGUCAGUCAGCCAAAUCGAGAUUUUGAUUAAAACUACACUGCCCAAUAAACUGUGUUGUACUUGAGCUGUGUCAGCUUUACCACGAACCCCAAUACUGCAUCAAAACUGAUUUCUUCUGUUGUUUGGAGGAAACACUGGAACUUGCACUGUAUAUGUUCGUUCAUUCAUUCAUUCGCUUUCGAGUUGCAGGAAGAGCGACUUUGAGGCCUCCUCUCUGGCUUUCAAACCAGUAUUUUCAACCUGCAUGUUAUCACCUGACUUUGAACUGUUGAAUAAAGUCUUUUAAAGAAUUUGA